CUGGUUAGGUUGCAAAAUUGAUAAACUGACAAAGCAGGCUACAUAAACGACAGCAGGAAAUAUUCCAAAAAAGCCGUACUAAGAAUCUCCUCCCUGAAAUCUCAGCCCCCAAAACUCCCGAUUCCACUCAGCCCAGUUCCAACUAGAUCUAGCAGCGGGCUGCCCGAGAAAAUGGCGUCAAUUCUACUAAACCUAGUGUCGUCAAAGCAUUUAAUUGUCAACUAGCCCAUCUCACGGCUGGAAAUUUUGCACAGCAAAAAGCUCCGCUGCCACACAUUUUUCAUCGGACAGAACUUUUCCUCAUUUUUUUAAUGAAAAUUUUGUGCUCAUCAGAUGUUCCGUCACUUGGUGUAAAAUAGGGAACUACUCUACUUUUUCUCUGCUGUAGGAGGAUCGGUUUUUAAGCCCACAGGCAGGUUGCUGGCUGGAAAGAAAAAAUGUCUUCAGUAGCCCUGGCAGCCUCUUCCACAAUCGGUCUUCAUGCACCGUGCCCUAAAAUUUCUUGUGGAUCCGCCAGAUCAUCGGCCUCCUUAACCCGUCUCUCGCUUCCAGCCAAGCCAUUUCUUUCCCGGGGUUCGAUCUCCGCACGUCAUGCAAAUCCACUUUUUUCCACCUGGUGGCAGAAUCGGGCUUUGAGCGGCUCCUCCCUUGUACGGCGCCGCGGGAGCGAGAAAUCUUUGCAGCGAGAAUUUGUAAAAGUACAGGCCUCGGCGGCUGCAGCAACCCCUGCAGCGAAAGCGCCGGAACCAUGGCAAGGAGCAGCUCUGAAGCCCCUGGCGGCUUCGAUCGCGACGGGUGUUAUUCUCUGGCUGGUGCCAGCCCCGGCGGGUGUGGCGAAAAAUGCUUGGCAGCUGUUGGCCAUAUUUCUAGCCACAAUCGUAGGCAUCAUAACGCAGCCGCUGCCCCUUGGCGCAGUGGCCCUAAUGGGGCUUGGCGCGGCCGUGUUAACAAAAACCCUAACUUUUGCGGCAGCUUUUUCGGCCUUCGGUGAUCAGAUCCCUUGGCUCAUUGCCCUCGCUUUCUUCUUUGCCCGUGGAUUCAUCAAAACCGGGCUGGGGAACCGCGUGGCUUACCAAUUCGUGUCGCUCUUCGGGAGCUCGUCAUUGGGGCUGGGCUACAGUCUGGUCUUUAGUGAAGCUUUGCUGGCGCCGGCGAUCCCUUCCGUGUCCGCCCGCGCGGGUGGUAUCUUUCUGCCUUUGGUGAAGUCUCUGUGCGUUGCCUGUGGUUCGAACGUGGGCGACGGGACAGAAGAGAGGCUCGGAUCGUGGCUCAUGCUGACUUGCUUCCAGACGUCGGUGGUGUCAUCUGCGAUGUUUUUGACGGCAAUGGCAGCAAAUCCGCUCAGUGUUAACCUGGCAGCGGGCGCGAUCGGGCAGACCAUCGGAUGGACGGAUUGGGCUCUGGCCGCGCUAGUUCCGGGGCUCGUCUCACUCAUCGUGGUGCCGUUUUUGCUGUAUGUGAUAUAUCCUCCGACAGUCAAGAGUAGUCCCGAUGCGCCCUUGCUUGCCAGAGAGAAGCUCAAGAAUAUGGGGCCCAUGUCUAAGAACGAGACCAUCAUGGCCUUCACUCUGUUAGUAACGGUCGGACUCUGGAUAUUUGGAGGAAUGAUUAAGGUGGAUGCUGUUACUGCGGCAAUCCUUGGUUUGUCUGUCCUGCUCUGCACAGGAGUUGUUACAUGGAAGGAGUGCUUGGCUGAAUCAGUAGCUUGGGACACUCUUACAUGGUUUGCUGCACUUAUUGCAAUGGCUGGCUAUCUCAAUAAAUAUGGGCUGAUCGCAUGGUUUAGCCAGAAUGUGGUGAAGGUUGUAGGUGGGCUUGGAUUAUCAUGGCAGCUUUCUUUUGGAAUAUUGGUUAUGCUCUACUUCUAUUCCCACUACUUUUUUGCAAGUGGUGCAGCACAUAUUGGUGCCAUGUUCACCGCCUUUUUAUCAGUGGCGAGUGCUUUAGGAACCCCACCUCUAUUCGCUGCGAUGGUUCUCGCUUUCCUUUCAAAUCUUAUGGGUGGCCUUACACACUACGGUAUUGGAUCGGCACCAGUGUUCUAUGGGGCUAACUAUGUGCCUUUGGGUAAAUGGUGGGGUUAUGGCUUUCUCAUCUCUGUAGUAAACAUUUGCAUUUGGCUCGGAAUUGGAGGGGUCUGGUGGAAAGCAUUAGGUUUAUGGUAAUUUGUUGAAACAACCGGUUUUGCUGGAAAGCAGAUAACAUAGCGUUAGUGUUUUUUCACAAAGUCUGCAACAUGUCAAGUUAUAUGUUUGAGUCAGUCUUGAAAGUUAGCAUUUGCACUCUUUCCAUAUCCCAGGUGGGCCUAUGCAAUGAUCAUUGUAAUAAUUGCUGAUUUUGUAACCAGCAGUUCAUUUUUUUGGAAUGCAAUAUAUUUGCACUUUGCCAUUUGAA